AUGGCUGCUAGCUUUCUUGAUCAGAGCGAGGCACCAUCCCAGCAGGUGGACAGUCCUGUAGACAUGGCUUCUGCUCCUGAAGCCCCAGAGAGACCCUCCGUCCCGGUCCCAGCUGAGAGGCUGGCGGAGAGGGUAGAGGAGAAAAGGAGGCCUGCGGCAGCCCAGCCCACUGUGGGGACCUGUGUCUGUGUCCCAUGGGACAUUGGUGUUGGCGGCUCUAACAUCGACUGGAUCCAGCAGCAGCCAGGGGGCCCUCCCCGGGAUCUGCUGUACUACUCCUCAGACUCCGAUAAGCACCAGGGCUCCGGGGUCCCCAGCCGCUUCUCGGGCUCCAAAGACGCCUCGGCCAAUGCGGGGCUUCUGUGCAUCUCGGGGCUGCAGGCUGAGGAUGAGGUUGACUCUUACUGCAAUACUGGACAUGGCAGCUCUUAUAUGGACAAUGUCCUCCAGAACCUUGGGGAACUGAGACUAAAACCUCCCCAGUGCUCUCUCUCUGCAUGCCGCCGUUACCCCUGCCCUGCCUGGUACCAAGGCUACUCCAGGUGA